GUGGCAGCAUCGGUGACGUUAGUGCUACGGCGCGUACGCGGUUUGAUUUUGUUAUCAGUAGUGGUGCCGUAGUCGGUGAGAGGAGAGAAGUGAUCGUUUUAUUAUAACAGUUAUUCAACGGAUCCGAUGUAAAAUUUUUAUUAUGCAUUAUCGGAACGGGGCCAACGACCCCACCUUUUUGCGGUUCUAAUGACGUUGUCCAAAUCAAAUCUCCAAGGAUAAAUUAAUAAAGGAUAAUGAUGGAAAUUCAUGCGGAUCUAUACGACACGAUUAUUAGAACGUAUGAGGCACCGUUACGUUUAUAGAUGUCAACGAGAUUAAUUUGGAACAAAAAAAAAGAAAAAGAAAAACGAAGUAGUAGUAAUAAUAGUAGAAGAAGAAAAACCAAAUAUUUCAUCUGAGGAGAAAAAAAAAAUAAAGGCCGCGACGAAUCUUUCAUUCGAAUAAAGUGUAAGAGAGACACGAACAAAAAUUCAAGAAGAAAAAAAAAGAAAUAACAAGAGGUGACAACGUAAGAGACAAGUAAUUCGCCUAAUUGCACAAUAAGAAAAAGAAAAAAAAAAAAGAAGUUUAAAUGUAAAACAUUACACGUACGACCAGAAGCGAAGACAAUCCUAGAAGAACAAAGUUACCUAAUUAGAAAAUACUUAAGAGUCGGAUCUAUUAUAAUUUAUAAUAUAAUGUGCGAAAUAAUAAUGAUUAUUGUGUGCAUUAAAAAAAUCUAUAUAUAAAUAUCUAUAUGUAUACACGUACACACACUAUUACAUAAAUCUUUAUCGAAAGUUAAUUGUUAAACAAUAAAGAGAGAAAGAGAGAGAGAGAAAGAAAGAAAGAAAGAAAGAAAGAGCAUACACACUCAUCAAACAUAGACGCGUACAGAUACACACAUAAGUCACUGUCCAAAAAAAAGAAAGAAAGAGAUAAUUUAUAUUAUAUUUGAACGUUGUUGAACAAUAGUAACAGGAUAUAUUAUUAUAUAAAUAAGCAUAUAAAAAAAAAAAAGUCUACUCUCGUACCUACUUGAGCCAAGUGAUCAGAGUCUUGAAAGGUAUCGUGAUAAAGAACCAAAAAGAAUUAAGGAAAAGAAGGAGAAGAAGCAUCGUGCUUGUGUCGUGGAAGGGAAAAUAAAGGGAAGGAAAAGGGGGUAGGCAAAAGGGCACAUAUAUAUAGUUAGUAAAAAAAAGAAAGUCUCUCGAGUGUCGAUCUAGGGAAAAGGGAGUUUCUAUUCGGUACGUCCACACUUUCAAAGCGCGUCAAUUUAUCCAACAGAGUAAAAGAAGAAAAACGAAAUAGAAAGAGAGAGAGAGAGAGAUAGAGGAAUAAAAGUGAGUUUAAAAAAAAAAAAAAUAAGAGGAAAAAAGCAAAAAGUUUCGGAUGGCAAAGAAGAGGUAAAUGUGUCGAAGCACACGGUGAAAAUAAACGACGUUUUUCAAGCGAAAAGUGAAAAAAAGUUCUCUUAUAUCUUAUUGUGAAAUUCGAGUUUCGUCAAAAACUACGUAUUUAAAUAUUUGGAAAAUAUGAAAUCUAUACAAUUUAUUAUUUAUAACAAUUAAUGUCUCCAAUGCGUUAAACCUGAUCGUGAUAUUUAUUUACGGAAAGAAAUAAAGAAAUAAAGAAAGAAAGAAAGGAAAAAAAAAGAAAAAUUCCUAUCAUCAAUAUGAAUCUCGAGGUUGAACUUAUUGCCGGAGUGGUCAAGGGUGGUUUACCACCACCUCAUCUACCUGCUCCUAGGCUUAUCAAAAUAUUUAUUGCUGGCGAAAGGGAUGAAUUCUCAGUAGAGAGGAAACAAUUAUUGGAGGUGGUGGGUCCAGAACUGCAAUCGAUUUACGAUGAUAUGGGAAUUGAGGUAUUAUUGGUUGACAUGCAAUAUGGAACCAAUAAAGAUCCAGAUACUAAUCCAAGAUUGGCAGAAUACUUUUUAGAAGAAAUAAAUGCUUCUCAUCGACAUUCCCGCGGUUGUUUUUUACUGCUACUGGUCGGAGCCGAUUACAAUACAGGUUGGGUGCCUACCAAGUUCGAGGAAGAAACUUUCCAUGCACUUCUCGGUUGCUGUUCCGUUCUGAGCGAGUAUUACGUGCAAGAUGGCCGUUAUUAUACAUUGAAAGCUUCUAGUGUGGAAACGGCACAAGAUGAUUGGCAAUCGACUCAGGAAUCGAAUUUGAGGACAAUAUUAAGAAUCGCAGCUGAAUCGGUUAUCCUCGAGCAACCGGACAAUAAGGAAAUUCAAAACGUGUUGAAGAGUACAACGGAAAGACAGUUGGAUUACGGCCUAAAUCUUGACGAAGACGGGAAUGGAAUAAUGGCUAUUAUUAGAGAUUGGACUGGUAAAGAUGUUCCGAAGGUCAGUCCCGGUGCUAUGAGUUUCCGGUCACACAUAAAAUCGUGUUUACCAGAUGAAAAUGUGAUUCACCUUGAAGUUGACUAUAAACCCGACGGCAUAGACUCGGACAACGACACCCAUGAAAAUUACUUGAAUAAAUUUAGACGAUUCGUCGUAGAUAGAUUACAAAAUUUAGCAAACGCGUCAAUAGAGAUCGAUCCGGAAAUCAAAAGUCGAAAAAAAAUGGUACAGGAGGUUUACGCCGAAAGUAUGGCACACUUAUCGUUGUUACGCGAAAUCAAACCUGCCGAAGAACAUGACGAACCUAUCACUCGUAUAAAAAAGCUUUUGAUAUCCGGAAUGGAUCAAAAACACGGUCCUAUUUUAAUAUGGGGUUCGAAGGCUUCUGGAAAAUCUUCAAUACUCGCUAGAAUAUAUGAAAGUGUACCAGAAUGGUUCGGCAAACCGACAUUGAGAAUUGUACGAUUGUGUACGUCGACGCCAAAAUCGGCUUACAGUUUAGAACUUUUACGAAUUUUGUGCGAGCACAUCGGUUUCUUGUCGGGUAACAACGACGGUAAUCUUCCAUUGGAUGCUUCAUUCGAUCCUUUGUAUUUGAAUAAUUGGUUUAGUCAAAUAAUGCGUGGCAUCGAAACGCAACCUUUGUCGGAACAAUUAAUCGUUAUGGUUGACGAUCUGCAUCGCCUUCACCCAUUGGAAUGCGAUAUUGUGGCUGCUUUAUCAUGGUUGCCAUUAAACUUACCCCAGGGUAUACAUUUCAUAGCAACUACUACGGUACCGCCGGAAGCAUUACGACUGACGCCAUUACAAAAAGAAAGACUCAAAAGCAGCGAAAUACUUAUCGAGCUAUCCGACAAACGAUGCAAUCUACCUGACGUAGAGUUUGCUUUGGAUAAUCUGGAAAAGCUCGUCGGUCCAAGAGCAGCAAAUAAAAUCGGUUCGCUUUUAGCCUGCGCGGAAUACGGUCUCUCGGAAACAGAGAUUCUCGAAUUAAUAAUGCCAACCGGAGGGGACGAUCCAUUAUCAUUAACAUUGGGACAAUAUAAUUUCGCAACGUGGUGUCUGAUCCGUAGAACUUUGGCACCUUUAUUAAGGGUACGAGUAAUGAGCGGCAGAUUAAUGUUCGGCUGGCGUUGGUUGAGUCGUGAAAUCGCUCGAAAGAAAUAUCUUUCGGAUCAAGACGUAUCGAGAACGUGUCACGCCGAAUUAGCGAAUUUAUUUUUUGCCGAAGAAACCGAAGAUAGCGAGGAGAAAUCACCACAGGUUCCUAUAGAACCACCAGCAAAAGAAACACCUUUUCAGAGUGCACCACGAUCACAAGAUAUCACUUAUACCUUACGACACGUUGAAGAAGCCUGGCUUCACUUGCUUAGAGCUGGCGAUGUUGACAAACUCAAAAGAUUGGCCGUCUGUGCUUUUGAUUUUCUUUUAGCUGGCGUACAAAUGAUUUCCGUUAGCUAUUUACGAUGCGUACUCGAACACGCGAGAAGAUAUCUUUUGGAAAGGGAUUUGGAAUUGGUAUAUUACGCUGUUAGAAAAUCGAGCGACGUACUAACCAGAGAUCCGCUUCAACUUGGAGCACAACUUAUUUGUUGGUUAAGACCGGUAGCGGACGACGGCGGAGAUCUUGUAAGCAGAAUGGUUAUGGCAGCAAUGGCAUGGUGCGAUGGUUAUACCGCACCUCUUUUAGUUCCUUUAAAUGGUUGGCUUCAACCUCCUCUACCUCUUCAAAUUCGUGCUUUGUCUUGUCCACAAGGUGUCCGUUUAGUUGAAGCUGCGCCAUCGGGUCAACAUGUUGUGGUUGUUCCACCGCAAGGAGAUGCUCAACUCUGGCACGUAAUGUCUGGUCAGCUAGUACACACUUUUAAAGGUCAUUCUAGUCCGAUAUCAUGUUUAGCGAUUACUCAACAAUCUCAAUAUCUAUUAACUGGUUCCGAAGACACUUCCAUUAUCGUUUGGGAUAUGAAAGAAUUAUCAUUGAAACGACGAAUUUGUGAACACAUAGCACCCGUUCUUACGUUAACGGCAGCUAUAAAUAACUCGAUUAUUGUAAGUGGUGGGGAAGAUUCGAGUAUCAUUGCAACUAGUUUACUCACUGGAAAGGUAUUAGUGAAAAUUGAUCAUCACAGAGGACCCGUUACUGCAAUACGUGUAGAUUCAGCCGGAGAAGUUCUUGUAUCUGGCUCGACAGAUGGAAAAGUCUGCUUAUGGUCUUUAGAAACUUUUACUCUUCUCAACAGCAUAUCGUUACCUUCUCCUGUAGCCAAUCUCGAUGUAUCAGCUGAUUCUGUAUUCUUGUUGGCUGCUUGUGAAGAUCAGAAACUUUAUUUAAGAUCAUUAGCUACUGGGACAGAAAUACAUACAUUAAGAGGUCAUCAAGGUCCUGUUAGAAGUUUAUGUCUUGCCAGAGAUUGUAGAAGAGCCAUUGCUGGUGGUAUAGAAGGCAGAGUUUCCGUUUUCGAUAUACACAGUGGUAGACUCAUCAAAACCCUACCUGCUAAUCCUUCUGCAGAUGUUACGUCUGUUAAGGUUACCGAAAAAGAUGAUUUCCUUAUAACUGCUGGUGGAGGGCGUGUAACUUAUUGGAGUUUUCGAGGAGAAGAAGCUCCUUCAAAACCACAAAAGCUUGGGAAACAAGAAUCACUUCAACCGCACACUUCACCUAUAUCCUGUUUAGAUAUAUCUAGGGAUGGUGCAAUGGCAGUUACGGGUGGUGUCGAUUCAUUAGUCAAUUUGUGGCAAUUAAAUACCCAUGAAUUAAUGUCAACGUUGGAAGGUCAUAUAGCAAGCGUUACGUGUAUCACAUUUUCUGCCUCUGGAUUAUUUGUAGCGUCGGGUUCGGAAGAUAAAACGGUACGCGUUUGGGGAUUAACAUUGGGCCUUGUUGUAGCUACGUUUAGACAUCAAGCAACUGUUACUUCUGUCAUAGCUAUGUUAGAUGGUAGAAGAGUUGUCAGCUCUGACAGGGCUGGAAUUAUUAGAGUAUGGGCAGCAGAUAAUGGAACUUUGAUUCAAUCUGUUUGUGGUCCGGGACGAUGUUUUGCCGUUGCCGCUGACAUGAGAUUUGCGGUUUGUGGUACCGGUGACAAUCAAGUUCGAAUAAUAAGUUUGGGAGCUGGUCCAGAAGAGAAGCAUCAAGUUUCUCAUUCACAAGAUAUUACGUGUUUAGUAGUAACGCCUGAUUCACAAUCUCUUAUUACCGGUUCUAGAGAUAUGAGUCUUAAGGUGUGGCAACUUGCCGGUGGAAAAUUAUCACAGGUUUUGGUGGGUCACACCGAUCACGUAACUUGCGUGGCGGUAGCAAUACUUGACAAAUCUAUCGUCGUGUCUGGUUCUCGUGACGCUAAUUUGAUAGUAUGGGAUAUAAACACAGGAGCAGAUUUGCAUACUCUAACUGGUCAUCUCGGUUAUGUAACCUGUGUCAGAUUGUCCGGCGAUGGUAUUCUGGCAGUUUCCGGUAGCGAAGAUAAGAGUUUGAUAGUUUGGGAUACGAAGAAAGGCACUGCUUUAAAUUCUAUUAUGCUUCAUGUACCAAUACUUGGUGUUGAGAUGUCUACCGAUUGUUCGAGAUUAGCAUUGCACUUAUUAGAACACAAAUGCAUGCCCAUUCUUUGUCUGUAUAAUACACCAGCUCAAUAUGUUAAACUUCCACCGUACGUUGCUCCGAGAGAUUUACGACCACCCGGUCCUAAACGUCCUGCUAGAAGAUUAUUGAAAAAAGAGGUUUCUUUGGAUACGUAUACGUGGCAACGCAAAUACGGUCAUCUUACAACUGGUAUAACGGUAUCAACUGUCGAAGAAAGAUUGAAACGACGAUUCAGUGUUAGUGCUUCUAUGGAGGAAAUUAGUAAAGCUGGAUUAGCUAGUUCUCAGCCAGGGUUAGGUCCAGAACAAGCAGCAUUGGCUCAGUCCCAACAUUUCGAUCAGUUGGAAGCUAUUUGGAACAAACAAUCUCCACCACCAAGACCACGUGGUUUAAGAACUUUGUCUAAACAAAGUUCACUUCAAACAACUCGAAUAUCUGACUCCGAAGAAGAAGAUCUUCCAGAUUAAAAUGAAUUCCUUUGAAGGAGAUGGACUAUUAUCUAGGAUAAAGAGCCUUUAGCUGAAAACUAUACACCUACCAUAUUCUUUCAUCCUUCGACUAUCAAGUAUAUUUUACGUUAAGAAUACUCUGUGUCCGUACCUUUAAUAAAAAUUAAAUAAAGGUACCCCAAGUCGAUAGAUAUUAGAAAAAGGUGGGAAAACGUAAAACUCA